CCGCCCUCAAAAACCUUCUUCAGCUUCCUUAUUCUCUGUUUGAGAGAGAGAGAAGAAAAAAGAAACUUUGAGAGAUCUGUCUGCGGUUAUCAUCAAUCGGAAAAACAUUCAUCAACUCCGGUUAUAACACAUGAAGUCUGAAUACCAAUAUCACGAGGAUUACAUAAGAAACUCGAGAGGUGUUGAACUUUUUACUUGUAGAUGGAUUCCAUCAACAUCUUCUCCCAAAGCUCUUGUUUUCCUCUGCCAUGGUUACGGAAUGGAGUGUAGCGACUCCAUGAGAGAAUGCGGAAUCAGACUGGCUUCAGCCGGAUAUGCUGUUUUUGGAAUGGACUAUGAAGGUCAUGGUCGGUCCAUGGGAUCUCGUUGCUAUAUCAAGAAGUUUAGCAACAUUGUAAAUGAUUGCUACGACUAUUACACCUCUAUUUGUGCGCAAGAGGAGUAUAUGGAGAAAGGCAGAUUCUUGUAUGGAGAAUCCAUGGGAGGUGCAGUCACUUUAUUGCUUCACAAGAAAGAUCCUUCCUUUUGGAACGGCGCCAUUCUUGUUGCUCCAAUGUGUAAGAUAUCUGAGAAGGUGAAGCCACAUCCCGUGGUGAUUAAUUUGUUAACUAGAGUCGAAGAGAUGAUACCUAAAUGGAAAAUAGUUCCAACAAAGGACGUGAUUGACGCUGCUUUCAAGGACCUUGCCAAGCGAGAAGAGGUAAGGAACAACAAACUGAUAUAUCAAGACAAGCCUAGGCUAAAGACUGCACUUGAAAUGCUUAGGACAAGCAUGAACCUCGAAGACAGUCUCCACGAGAUAACAAUGCCCUUCUUUGUGUUACACGGAGAAGCAGACAUAGUGACGGAUCCAGAGAUAAGCAAAGCUUUGUACGAGAAAGCUAGCUCAAGGGACAAGACUCUCAAGUUGUAUCCUGGGAUGUGGCACGCUCUGACGUCAGGUGAGCCUGAUUACAACGUCGAUCUUGUUUUUGCUGACAUCAUCAAUUGGCUUGACCAUCGAACAGCUGAUCCAGCCUCUCUCACUGUCACUCCUAUACGAGCUGCUAGUGUCGAGAGGGUUAUUGUUGACGGCGUUAGUAACGGUCAAAGGAGGAGACCUAAACGCGCCUACUUCAAUCUCCUUUGUGGUUUGAAUGGUGGUCGUUUGGUUCCUCGAUCUGCUAUGUAAACGAAUGAGUGCCCUAUUACUAUUUGGUAUUGUGGAUUAUUAAAGGUCAGUCUCAUUCAUGGUUGGACAAAUAUAUACAUGGCCCGAGGAGUUGUGCACUACAUUAUCUUUUUAAGCUAAGUGUGAUUGAGAUGUUGUUGUAGCUCAGAUUUUUGCUCUUUCUGCACCAAAUCUCAUAAUAACUUAAAAAACACAAUUAAG